CUAAUCCUGAACAGUGGCCAGCUUAGGCGGAGCAGGAGCAGCUCAAUAUGGUCUACGACAUGACACAUCUGGCACCGGGGCCGCCGCAAAGCAUCUCACUGAGCCGCUACUAUAUGGAUCAGGAUGACGAACUGGCGGCGGCGGCGGCCGCCAACAAUGCGCUAUCGAACGGACAUGGACACGGGCAUGGCCAUGCCGCUGGCGAGGAUUAUGCGGCGAGCACCACGCUGGACAUGGAUCAGCGGUAUCAGGCGCGUAUCGCCUGCGAGACGGCCGCACAGCCGGCGCCGCCGCCGCCGCCGACGCCGGCGCCACGUCGUCGCACCACGCCCAUCGCCCACCUGGAUCCCUCCGAGCUGGUCGGGCUGUCGCGCGAGGAGCGCCGCCGUCGGCGACGCGCCACGCUCAAAUAUCGUACGGCGCACGCGACACGUGAGAGGAUCCGGGUCGAGGCGUUCAAUGUGUCCUUUGCGGAGCUGCGCAAGCUGCUGCCCACGCUGCCGCCGGACAAGAAGCUGUCGAAGAUCGAGAUCCUCAAGCUGGCCAUCUGCUAUAUAGCGUAUCUGAAUCAUGUCCUGGAGACACCCUGAGACGCCGCCAACGCCUCCAGCUGCAGCCAGUUGCCAGGCGCCAUGUUUCUCAACACUUCCUAAAC